AUGGCCCCACCAAGCCCAGACUUAACCCUCUACCUCGUCACCGACUCCUCGCUACUCCCACCGGGAACAACUCUCCCAGAGCAUGUCCGUGCCUCCAUCAAAGGCGGUGUGACGAUCGUGCAACUGCGUGAGAAGAAACUCUCUACAGCCGCAUUCAUUUCCCUGGGAAAACAGGUCCACGCCGUCACGAAAGAGCUCGGUGUGCCGCUUCUCAUCAACGACCGUGUCGAUGUUGCACUCGCAGUGGGGUGUGAGGGUGUUCAUGUCGGGUGGGACGAUAUGGACUGUCAAACAGCCCGCAAGAUACUCGGACCCGACGCAAUUAUCGGACUUUCGGUCUCGAACAAAGAACAGCUUGCAAAGGCCCUCGAAGCAGGCCCAACAUACCUAGGUGUCGGCCCCGUUUACGCAACCCCCACCAAGCCAGACCACAACACGCCCCUCGGCCUUGAUGGAUUGCAGCAAUUGCUUCAACAUAUACCAGCAGACCUCCCAUGUUGUGCUAUUGGGGGUAUUAACGCCCAGAAUGCAGGUACCGUCAUGAAUACCUCUCCCGUAAGGUCGCUCGAAGGUCUGGCUAUUGUGUCUGCGAUUAUGGCGUCCCCGGAGCCUACAGGAACAUGCAAGAGUCUUAAGUCUCUCAUUGUCCUGUCAAUAGUAUAUGAAGAGCCUAAAAAAGUUGAUCUUACAUCAGAUCUUCUACAAAUGCUUCGAAAGUUUCGCGAAAAUGGUCCCCCUCUCGUUCACCAUAUCACUAACAACGUCUCAAAGACGUUGCACGCAAACGUCACUCUUGCGAUCGGUGCCUCCCCAAUUAUGUCUGAGAACGAGUCUGAAUUCCAGGAUCUUGCUCGACUCGGGAGCAGCGUCUCACUUGUCCUUAAUAUGGGCACCUUUCUCGGCGAAGAGGCUACAAAAAAUCUUUUCAUAAACGCGAUAAAAGCCCACAAGGAUUGUGGGAACUUUAUCGUCUUCGAUCCUGUUGGCGCCGGUGCUACAGAAUCACGAAGGAAUUUUGCAAAGAUUAUAAAGAAAGCUGGUACCACCAAUGGUUCAAUGGUCAUCAAGGGGAACGAAGGGGAAAUUCUCACUCUCGCCGGCGAAAAUGUUUCGAUGAGGGGUGUCGAUGGCGCUGGUGCUAAGAGUGGAAGGGAGAGGGAGAGGGAGUUGGCAGCUAUUAUUUCAAAGCUUUCGAGGGACAGCAAAGGCAGUAUUAUCGUGAUGACCGGACCAACAGAUAUCAUAUCUGAUGGAGUGAGUACCUUUCUCCUACGAAAUGGAGAUCCGAUUCAGACCAUGGUCACCGGUAUCGGUUGUGUUCUCUCCUCCGUCAUCGCUGCAAUCCUCUGGAGUUCUAAAGGAUCCCACGAGGCACUGCUUGCCGCCGUUGCUGCAGUCUCAUUCUUCAACCUUUCCGCUGAGCUUGCAGCAAACACUGAGCCAAAACUUGCAGGCCCUGCUUCAUGGGCGGUCAGGUUUGUAGAUAUGCUUUCGAAGGAGCCAACAGAAGACUUUGUUCGCCAGUUCAGGAUUGAGGAGAUCAAGGUUUGA